AUGUCCGCCUCUCCUUCCCCUAAUUUCUCCUUUUGCUUCCCCUCAUGUCCGCCUCUGCUUCCCCGCAUUUACCCCGCUGCUUCCCCUCGUUUCCCCCUCUGCUCUCAUCGUUCCCCCCUUGCUUCCCCUCAUUCCCCCCCCCCCCUCCUUCCCCUCAUUUCCCCCACUGCUUCCCCUCAUUUCCCUCUCUGCUUCUCCUCAUUUCCCCCCCUGCUUCCCCUCAUUUCCCCCUCCGCUCCUCCUCAUUCCCCCCUCCGCUUCCCCACAUUCCCCCCUCCGCUUCUCCUCAUUCCUCCCUCCGCUUCUCCUCAUUCCCCCCUCCGCUUCUCCUCAUUCCCCCCUCCGCUUCUCCUCAUUCGCUCCUCCGCUUCUCCUCAUUCCCCCCUCCGCUUCUCCUCAUUCCCCCCUCCGCUUCUCCUCAUUCCCUCCUCCGCUUCUCCUCAUUCCCCCCUCCGCUUCUCCUCAUUCCCCCCUCCGCUUCUCCUCAUGCCUUCCCAUGCCUCCCCAUGCCUUCCCAUACCCCCCCAUGCAUCCCCAUGCCUCCCCAUGCCUCCCUCCGUGCACCCCCUUCAUCGCCUGCAUCAUGUCUUGCCCCCAUCAGGUGGUGGACGAGGCGGACCAGCUGCUGCACCAGUUCUACCACGACUGGCUGCCGCUCACCCUCGCCUCCCUUGCGGCUGCCCCUUCCGGUGCCAUUGCUGCCACGUCACCGGCAUGCAUGCUGACGUGGCAGUGAGCGUGCCGGUUCUGUGCGACGUCAUGCAUGCACAUGGCGGUGGCAGCAUGAGCGGUGUUCUCCCCACUCCAUUCAUCAACGACCUCAACCCCUGUGCCCCUUCGCCCGACAUUGAGCGACAUUGGGUGAUCGGGCUUGUUUGCCCUGCCACGCUCACCCGCGAUCCCUCCAAGAUUCAACGGCUUAGAUUGCACUUCCUGCUGCUCUCCGCCUUUCCCCCCGCCUCGCUGCCCUUCGCCUUUGCUGAGUUCUCCUCCCACCAGCCGCAGCGCCAGCGCAGGCGACAGCACCUGCCACAGCAUCUGCCACAGCACCUGCCUGCCUUCACCCUGUGCUUGCCUUUCCCCGUUCCUCCCACGCCACGCCGCAGUGACCAUGCCGCACAGCAAAUUCCCUUACCCCUGCCCCCUGAUCCACCUUCAACUCCUUGCCUGCACAGUGUUGGCUGUCAGGCAGAGCAGCUUCCAAGUAUGGGGCAGCAGGCGAGGCUGAAAGCAGUCUCGACAGGAGGCUGCCUCGCAGCUCCACCAGAAGAGAAGCCCAUCUCGCAGAACCCGCUGAAGUGCGGAGUGGGCAAGUACCGCUCCAUGAGCGGGGUGGCGGUGUGUGUGAAGGGGUUCGCCUCAUGGCAGAUCCAGUCGAAGAUCUGCUGGAUGCGGUGCUUCGAUGGCUCGCUGCGCGGAAGAGGGGGAGCAAAGGGGGAGGGAAUGGGGAGAGAAGGGAAGGGAGGGCAGAGAAUGAGGGGAAGCAGGGCAGGGAAGGGGAUGGGGGGAAGCAGGGAAGGGGAUGGGAUGGGGGGAAGCAGGGAAGGGGAUGGGGGGAAGCAGGGAAGGGGUUGGGGGGAAGCAGAGAAGGGGAUGGGGGAAAUCAGGGAAGGUGAUGGUGGGAAGCAGAGAAGGGGAUGGGGGGAAGCAGAGAAGGGGAUGGUGGGAAGCAGGGAAGGGGAUGAGGGGAAGCAGGGAAAGGGAUGGGGGGAAGCAGGGAAGGGGAUGGGAGGAAGCAGGGAAGGGGAUGGGGGGAAGCAGGGAAGGGGAUGGGGGGAAGCAGGGAAGGGGAUAUGGGGAAGCAGGGAAGGGGAUGGGGGGAAGCAGAGAAGGGGAUGGUGGGAAGCAGGGAAGGGGAUGAGGGGAAGCAGGGAAAGGGAUGGGGGGAAGCAGGGAAGGGGAUGGGAGGAAGCAGGGAAGGGGAUGGGGGGAAGCAGGGAAGGGGAUGGGGGGAAGCAGGGAAGGGGAUAUGGGGAAGCAGGGAAGGGGAUAUGGGGAAGCAGAGAAGGGGAUGGGGGGGAAGCAGGGAAGGGGACAUGGGGAAGCAGGGUAGGGGAUGGGAGGAAGCAGGGAAAGGGAUGGAGGGAAGGGGAUGGGGGAAGCAGGGAAGGGGUUGGGGGGAAGCAGAGAAGGGGAUGGGGGAAAUCAGGGAAGGGGAUGGGGGGAAUCAGAGAAGGGGAUGGGGGGGAAGCAGGGAAGGGGAUGGGGAAAAGCAGGGAAGGGGAUGGGGGGAAGCAGAGAAGGGGAUGGGGGAAAGCAAGGAAGGGGAUGGGGGGAAGCAGGGAAGGGGAUGGGGGGAAGCAGGGAAGAGAACAGAGGGAGCGCGAUGGGAAGGGAGACGGGAGGGAUGGCGAGGGCGACGGGGAGAGAGGAAGACGCAGAUUGCGAGGGGACGAGCGGGAGGAAGGGCGACGAGACAAAGGGAAGGCUACGGGCGGAAGGGAGAGCGGCGGCGGAAGGGAGAGCGACGGCCGGAAGGGUGGGCGACGGGCGGAAGGGAGGGUGAAGGGCGGAAGGGAGGGCGACGGGAGCGACGAUCGGAUGGGAGGGCGACGCGUGGAAGGUAGAGCGACGAGCGGAUGGGAGGGCGACGGGCGAAAGGUAGAGCAACGAGCAGGGCGACGCGCGGAAGGGAGGGCGACGAACGGAAGGGAGUGA